AUGCAGUACUCUCUCGCCAUCCUGACAACCCUCUUCCUGGGCACCGCCACCGCUGUCGCUCUGCCCGCCGCGCCGGAGAGCCAGGAAGCGGCGGCCAAGACGCUCGUCAAGGUCAACCUCCCCGCGCCCGACAACUGGCUGACCGGCUCGCGACUCUUCCCAUCCAACAUCAUCGCCUCGUACAACGCCGAGCUGAAGGACUACCAAACGGCCGACGCUUGGAACGCAUUUGUCCUGGAAAAGUGCCAGAGCUACAACGCCUGCACCUCGACUGCGAGUUAUCAGGCCAUCAACAGCGGCAGCACGGGCGGCCGCUACUGGUUCGGCGAGGUUUACCGAGGUGGCGCCACCACUCCGGCCGACUACGAGCGCGUUCCCGAUGCGGCCUUUGGCGUGACCAACUCGCAGAUGUACACCAUUCAAGCUUAG